GGGGCCGGCGCGGGGAGGGCGGGGAAGGAGGCGCUGCCCUCGGGGCUAUGCCGGCUCCGUCUUCCCCGGGGCGGGAAGGGCGCUGAGGACCCCGCGGCUUUUCUCUCGCCCCCCCCCCCCCCGACCCUCACUCUGCUUCUCUCCGUGUCUCCCCCGCCCCGAGGAUGAGCGCAGCCGAGGGCACGCACUUCAGGCGGACGGCCAUCCGCAGGAAAUCCAACCCCACCGCUGCCGCUAACGAAGCAGCGCCCACCUGCCCUGCCGGACCCCCGCCGCUGGCGGCCGCCCGCAGGACGCCCGCAGGCAGCAGCAUCUGUCCAAAGUCCUUAAUAUUGUCUAGAUCUUGUACAGCGAGUGCCGCAACCAGGCUUGUUGAGCAGAAUGUACACAAUGAAGCGGCUCAGGGAAUAAAUGGAAGUGUGCCAGUCAAACAAUCCCCGCGUUCAGCUUCAAGUCCAAAGCCACAAGUGCCUCCAAAGCCAAUUCAUCUGCAGAAGGUGUCACCUGUUACAUACCAAAUCCCUAGGCAUAAAGCUUUAUCAGAUCAGAAACCAAGAAUGGAGGAAGAGACACCCACCCCUGCUUCUAGUGUCGCAAAGGAAAAGUCCAGUAAAGUGUCUGAUCUCAUCAGUCGUUUUGAGGGAGGCAGCUCGUUAAAUCCUAGUGAUUUGAAGAAAGAUUCCUCUGUUCUCCACAUUUCUAAAUCUCAAGGAAGAUAUGGGUCAACACCAUCACCUCAGCCAAAACUCCCCUCCCAACACCCACUACAAAAACAGGGAAACAGUAAUACCGACAAAACUCAGGUUGCACAGCUACACACAGCCAACGGAGUAGUAGCACAAGACCAGACAGAAGAUGAGGACAGGGGAUUACCUGAUUGUGGCUCCACUACGUCCACCCCGGUUCCAGAUAAUGCCAUCAACAGCAGCUUGAUAAACGGCGAAAGAGAAAGUACUUCCAGAGAGUCACUGGAAAGUGUGACAGCUUGUGAAGGACAGAUGCUUAACAGCUGCUACAGGACUCCAAGCAGUGAUACACUGCUCCCAUCUGAAAAUGAAACUCUAGCAAUUAAUACUAACGUGAAGGAAGAACCACCCGAGGAAAUCAGUAAGCAAGAUCUACCUGUAGAAAUGAAGGAGACAGAUGAACAGAAACGUCACAAAAUUGCCAGUGAACUUCUGCAAACAGAAAAAGCCUACGUUAGCCGACUUGACCUCCUAGAUGGGGUUUUCUAUUCCAGACUCCUUGAGGAAGCCAAUAGAGGUUCAUUUCCGGCUGAAGUGAUUAACAAGAUCUUUUCUAAUAUUUCAUCAAUAAAUGCCUUCCACAGUAAAUUCUUACUUCCAGAACUAGAGAAAAGAAUGCAAGAAUGGACUACCACCCCCAGAAUUGGAGAUAUUCUGCAAAAGUUAGCUCCUUUCCUCAAGAUGUAUGGAGAGUAUGUGAAGAAUUUUGAUAACGCAAUGGAAUUGGUGAAAACGUGGACUGAACGGUCACCUCAAUUCAAAUUCAUUAUUCAAGACAUUCAGAAGGAAAAAGUGUGUGGAAAUUUGACAUUGCAACAUCACAUGCUAGAACCAGUACAACGCAUUCCACGCUACGAGAUGCUUCUAAAGGACUACCUAAGGAAAUUGCCUCAGGAUUCCUUAGACUGGAAAGAUGCUGAAAAAUCCCUGGAAAUUAUAUCCACUGCAGCAAGUCACUCCAAUAGCGCAAUAAGAAAAAUGGAGAAUCUAAAGAAAUUGUUAGAGAUAUAUGAGAUGCUGGGAGAAGAGGAAGACAUUGUGAACCCUUCAAAUGAACUGAUAAAAGAAGGACAGAUCCUUAAACUCGCUGCUCGCAAUACAUCUGCUCAAGAACGGUAUCUUUUCCUAUUUAACAAUAUGUUGCUCUACUGCGUCCCCAAAUUCAGCCUGGUUGGAUCAAAGUUCUCAGUUCGAACCAGAGUCGGCAUAGAUGGUAUGAAGAUUAUAGAAACUCACAACGAAGAAUAUCCGCACACUUUUCAAGUGUCUGGAAAAGAGCGAACACUGGAGUUGCAGGCCAGUUCUGAACAAGAUAAGGAAGAAUGGAUAAAGGCGCUUCAGAAUACUAUAGAAGCUUUUCAGCAGAGAAAUGAAACUUUCAGAAACGCUAUUGCUAAAGAAUAUGAAGAUGCACCUGUUGAGGUUUCUAACGCUGAGCUUGGGAAGAGAGCACCCAGGUGGAUACGAGACAACGAAGUAACCAUGUGCAUGAAAUGCAAGGAACCCUUCAAUGCACUGACAAGGAGAAGGCACCACUGCCGAGCGUGUGGACAUGUGGUUUGCUGGAAAUGUUCUGAUUAUAAGGCACAUCUCGAAUAUGAUGGCAAUAAAUUGAACAAAGUCUGUAAGGACUGCUAUCACGUUAUAAUUGGUUGUACAGACAGUGAAGAAAAGAAGAAGAAAGGCAUCUUGGAGAUUGAAUCUGCAGAAGUCUCUGGAAAUAGUGUCAUAUGUAGCUUUCUUCAGUACAUGGAAAAAUCAAAGCCUUGGCAGAAAGCGUGGUGUGUUAUACCGAAACAGGAAGCUCUUGUGCUGUACAUGUAUGGUGCUCCCCAGGAUGUUAAAGCUCUGGCUACAAUUCCACUUCUGGGCUAUGCAGUAGAUGACACUCCAAGAAGUGCUGACCUCCCGCACAGCUUCAAACUGACCCAGUCCAAGUCUGUGCACAGCUUUGCUGCGGACAAUGAGGAACUAAAACAGAAAUGGCUAAAAGUUAUCCAUUUAGCUGUCAAAGGUGAGACGCCAGAAUGUGAAAAUGAACUGCAAGUGAAUUCAGAAGAGCAACCUGAAUCUUCUAAAACAUCUGAAUGCUGAAGCUCAAGAAUAUGUGGUAUUUUUAAAAGAUUUCAGUUGAGUUUGUGGUUAACCUUUGUGUUAGCCUUCCUUUGCUCAAUCAAUUAAAAAAAAAAAAGAAAGAAAAAAAGAAAGAAACUUCUUACUACCAUACACAUCUUAGCACUUUAUGUUUGGGAAAAAUUCUGGUCUUUUUAGGGAUCUUUUUCUUAUAUUUAUGUUCUGUCAAUAAAAGUGAUGUACAGGUCCAUUUCAGAGACUUUUUAAAAAAUGUGAAUGCUAUUAAAAAUACUUACUAACUUUACUGUACUACUACUUUGUUGUGAUGCAAAUUUUUUUGAAAAUCCAGUUGCUCUUUGGUUAAUGUUUGCUACUUUCAUUAUGAAUGCAAAUAUUGAAGCUUCCUACUUACAUGUUAGGAUUUGCAGCAGGAUAAAAGAUAUACCUCCACAUUGCCAAAAUAGAUCUGUAGUUAAAUAUGCAGGGACAGUUUGGUUUAAUGUAUGUAGUUUAUAGAUUGAAUUCCACAGAUCUGUAUAUAUGUUGUAUUCACUUGUCUCUUUUUAAUUAAUGCAAAUUGCUUUCACAGGUAUAUUGGCUUUUAAAGUUUCAGUAUAUCAAGGAAACAAUCUAAUGAUUUUUCAAUCUAGAAAUGAAUACCUAAAAUACGAGAAAACAAUAUAUAAUAUAUGUACAUAUUAAAAAUGUACAAUACUUGAUUUUUGCUUUGGUUUCAUGAUACUGGGUUCCUAUUAGUGAAUAAUUUAUUUAAAGAGCAUGUUUUCUAUUUGAAAUUAAACACAGUCCUAAAUUAACAAAUACUGUUCAGUGAUUUGUUUUAAUAGCUGACAUUUAAUGAUCUUGAUAUUUUUAUGCAUUAAAAAAUAGCAGUAAUGUAAGUGGCAUGCAAUGGACAAAUAAGUUCCAGUUGUGUUUAAAAGAGCAGUCGCUUUUAUUCAGUGUCCUACCACUGUCAUCUAAGAGUGCAGUAGUUCGUUACUAAAAUGCAGUAUGUGGUUUGGAAAAGCAACAGAUUCUAGUAACCUUCGGGGAACACGUAUUUUUGCUAUUAUGAUUAUUGGAACAAAGGAGCAUUUUGAACUUAAGUCUUUCAAUUUUUGCAGAAGAUGAGAUAACUGUAAUACUUAUUUAUGACAACAGUCUUCAAGGAUUAUUGCUGUAAAGUGGAGCCUGCUUUAUACAAAUUUAGCAUGAGGUCUGAGCCUGCAAAUCUCAAGUUGCAUUAACUGCCAUUAUUUGCAUUCUGCUUGUAGGAAUAAGGACGCGUUGGCUUUACAACAAGUAUUAAGUCCCUUACGAACUUUUAUAUUCCUAUUAGGGUUUUUAUACAUAGAGGCAAAUGACCUCCCUAAAAUUUUUACUGUAACAUGCUUGGAUGAAAUACAACAAAUUCAGGUAGUGAUUGACUAUCAAGUAGACAAUUAAAAUCAUUGCCAUCUUUCCUUUUCUGACCCCUCAAACGAAGGAAAGUAUGUAACUUCUACAAUGAACUUGUCAUAGGAACAGUCGGGAGUCUUACUUCUCAGUGUAACUGCACUCUGUAUUUUAAACCACAUCAAGCUGAAGAGCUGAGGUUCAAGUCCAGUUUUGUUACUAACAGGGGGGCAGAUCUAAAUUCUCGCUUUUUUAUAAUGAGAUUUCCAGACAAAGUAUUCACUGAACUCCCACUUUGCUCUUUUUUGCAACACUGUAGGGAAAAAAAAUAGUUAUUUAGCAUUUAACAAAGGAUUGUUAAAGUAACCUCUGUUUUUAAUGUCAAGUGUGCAUUGAGUACACAGUGUCUAGCAUUCUUUGGUCAUGCAGCUUAAUGUUAGUGGGCUGGAUUUUGCUCUUACCUGCACAAAUCCAAAAUUUACCAUGGCCUUUAGACCUCAAAGCUUUAAUCUAGUGCUAGGAAUUAUCAGGACAUGGCAUUGUAGAGUACUAACUCUAUAACUGACUUUGUGCCUGUCAGUUCUGAAUUAUUCCUUGGGUGCUCCACGUGUCCAGAUUAUUCAGCAUGUAACCCCAGUAUUACUUUUAUCUGAUGUGCAAGCUCUUCUGUAAUUCUUUAAGAGUUUUUUAAGUUAUUUCUACUGUCAGCUGUAUUUAUCUUUAUUUAUGGGCAGCAUAAGCCCAUUUUGAUUCAUGUUGGUGAGCGCUAUCAAAUCUUCUCCUGGGUCUCCCUAGCUAGCACGUGCCGUCUUGUGUAUAUCUUGGCGAGGGAUGGGGGAACAUUCAGGUAAGCAAGAAGAACUCUCCAUGGCUAACUUUCUUUGGUCAUCUCCUGAAAGUGGGUAUCUUCUAAAAGAGUCUCAAGUGCAACUGCGGCAUCUGGAGGGUUGUCUUACCACAUCCUCGUGUGUAAAAAACAUUGUUUCCCAUGUUUAAGUUGUUGAGUGUAAGGGGAGAAGUUGCCUUAAGGGCGUCCCCAGAUAAGAUGGAGUAAGCUAUUCUGAAAGUAAUAUGAUGGUAUGACUGUAAUCAUGUAGGAUAUUCUGUUUUCUAAGCUCCUGCAAACUUACUUCUGAGCCAAGUAGGAAGACCUAUUCGAGCUAAAUGAUUAAGGAAAUGAUUAGAAGCAGUAAUUUCUGUGCUGCCUUAUUGUUAUAGUGGUAUUGAGCAUCUGACGCUGCUUGAAUGAUUUCAGCAUCUCCCAGAGGAAGCCCUGCAUUUGGGCACAAACAAUUUGAAAUGAAGUUAGCAUUGGGAGUUAUUUAUAUGGAUGUUAACCUCGCGUUUGCUCUCAGCCAUUAAAGUUUAUAUAGUGCAGGAUAUUUCGUUUACCCUAGUGAAACCUAUUUCAUGUUCUCAUUAUCAAUUGCUUGGUUGGAAUUGUUCUUUUUCUGAGUCAGAAUGCCUCGGCACUCAAAUGUAUGGUUCUGUGUGUAUUUUGUAGGAGAAGUAUGUACCACUAAUAUUAAAGGCGAUCAGAAGAUGGAGAAGUUUCUGCUAGAUUUAACCGCCCUGUUUUACUCUAUUCUCUACAGGCAAGCCCCCCUUACAACAUCCAGAACUUUAAAUUAUAAAUUACGACCACAGAGGAACAAAUUCAAAGUAGUAACUGCUGCGGCUUAAGUACCAUGACAAAAGCAGCCAAAUUAAAACUAUCAUUCUAACAAGGUAUAGGCUGUUCCCAUUCCAGCUGUUGGAUUCUUUUAAAAAAAAAAAAAAAAAAAAAGGCAUGACAAAUAUUAGCAUAAAGCUGUGUGUGUAAGGAAUAAA